AUGUAUUUUUGGUUUUCAUUUGAUAAGGAAUAACUGAUUCAACCUUUAUAUUUCCCAUAUAACUAUUAUGAGGUUAAAGAAAAAGAUUCCAAAAAUCCCAUUUAAUCAUUUUAUUAAUCCAUUAUCACCAUAAAUUUAAUUCCAAAAUAUGGGUAUUAUUCAACCUUUAAAUUUUUUAUUUUGGAAAAACAUCGAUUCCUUAUGUUUCUUCCAAUGGAUGACCAAUACAUUAAAUGCUCAUAGUUACAUUUGUAAUUGUAAAUCUUAGAUCAUAAAAUAGGGAUAUCAAUGCUCAUUAUGGUGGCUAAGAAUGUUUUAGCCUGCUAAAAUAUUUUGGCAGGUUAAAUUAUAAUCAGAUUUUGAGAUUCCUCUUGCUUAUGAAUAGGAGACAUCACGCUUCUGCUAAUUAAUUUGUAUCGGACAAUCUGCAAUAAGAGAGAUAGUCCAUGUAUAAAGGAAAUUUUGGAGAUUGA